AUGCUACAUAGAAUAAUUUGCAAAUACGCUUUCACUUAGGCUGCUAAUAAAACAGCAUUAACAACUGAUGCAUUCAAAGGCUUAAGAAAAUAUGUAAAUGACUAUCAGCCUCAUAGAGCUUAAAAAGGUUUAGGAGAUAGUAUAGAUUUUGAAAAAGAUAUGAAGCCUGCUUUAGAAUAUUAUAGAUCAUUAGGUUUCUCCAAAAAGGAUUUAGGAUUUAUUUUCAAGUCAAAAAUUACUGGCUUAUGUUUAAACAACGGCAGCAACAACCGUUUAUAACAAGAUAUCAUAUAACUCACUUCAUUUUUGAAGUAGGAAUUCAAUAUUGAUAAUAAUUUGAUUCGUAGAAUCGUCUAGAAAAAUCAUACUCUUCUUUCAUCAACUUAGGAAGAAAUCAAGAGAAGAUUUAACGUUAUUAAAUCAGUUCUUAAUCUUGAUGAUAAAUAAGCUCUCGAUCUUAUUGUCUUAUAUCCUUAAAUCUUUACUAGCAAUGCAGAAACUAAAAUUAACAAAGUUAAGAGAGUCUUCACUGUCUGGGCUGGUUUCUCAGAGGAAUAAUGCAACAAAAUUAUUUAAAUGCAUCCUUAUAUUGUUGACUUUAACUAAGAAUAUCUUCAUGAUGAUUUGAAAUUACUACUCACUAAAGGUUUUAAAUCUGAUACUCUUUUCACCUUAAUUUCUUAAAAUCCCGAGUGUUUGAUUGAAAAGCCUGUUCAUCUUGAGCACAGUUUCCACAUUCCUGAAGUACUAAAUUUAACAUAACAAUAAACCAUAAAAACAUUCAUCGAAAAUCCUGAACUUAUUACUAUCUGUCCUAUUUCAAUAAUUCCCUUAAAAAUUAAAAUGCUAAAAAACUUUAGAGUUUUGAACAAUAAUUUAAAAACUCUUUGGGUUUAACACACUGAUCUCUUCACUCAUUCAAUCGGUAGUUUAGACUUGAAGCAUAAAUAUUUAAAUUAAAGAGCUGUUAAUUUUGGAAAGCCUAAAGAUAUUGUUGGUUACUACUCUCUUCACUAUGGUUCUGUAAUUAGACCUAGAUGCGAAGCUGCUAUCUAAUUCUCAAAAAAUAUAGAUUUAGAUGUUGAUUUGAAAAUCAGUGAAGAAGAAUUUUUAGUAAAGCACAGUAUACCAAAAGAAGAAUUCGAAAAAUUGAAGAAGCAAUAUCGUAUUACUUCAGAAAAAGAUUAUAAAGUUAGAUUCUAUACAUAAACAAUUAAGUCAAAGCCUGUUAUGUGA